AUGGCGGCCAACGAAGAAGUCAAGGUGGAUGUCGCUUCACAGGCGAUGUCGCAGCACAUGGAGAAGUUAGACCAGGAUGCAAAUGCCCUCGCUGCGAUGGGAUAUAAGGAGGAGCUUCGACGGCAUUACUCCACCAUUCAGGUCUUUGCCAUUGCAUUUAGCAUCAUGGGGCUAUUGCCAUCAAUUGCCUCCACUUUAUCAUUUUCACUCCCCGGUGGUCCAGCUGCCAUGGUUUGGAGCUGGUUUAUCGCCAGCGGUUUUAUCUUCACUGUCGGCGUUGCUAUGGCAGACUUGGGUUCUUCUCUUCCUACGUCAGGCGGCCUUUAUUGGUGGACUCACUACUUUGCCGCGGAGAAGUGGAAAAACCCACUUUCAUUUUUAGUCGGCUACAGUAAUACGAUUGGCUUGAUUGGCGGCGUGUGUUCGAUUAACUAUGGGUUCGCCAGGAUGCUUCUUUCUCUAGUAUCAAUGAGCGGUGAUGGCACAUGGACGCCUUCUAACUAUGCGGUAUAUGGCAUCUUUUGUGCAACUGUCGUCCUUCUCGGAGUCCUUGCAACCUUCGCCGCCCAUAUUAUGCAUAGGAUACAAUCAAUAUGCAUUAUUGCCAAUGUUGGAUUAGUACUAGCAACCGCAAUUGCACUUCCUGUUGGCAAAGCAAGAACAGCCGAAGGAAUAAAUUCAGGGGCCUACGUCUUUACGCAUGUAGAGAAUCAUACUGCGUGGCCCACUGGGUGGACAUUUAUGCUCGCCUGGCUUUCUCCAAUUUGGACAAUAGGGGCCUUCGAUUCCUGCGUUCAUAUGAGUGAAGAAGCAACCAAUGCCGCCAAAGCCGUUCCUUACGGGAUCUUGGCGUCCAUUGGCGGCUGCUGGUCUCUGGGAUUUCUCUCGCUGUGCAUCAUUGCGGCAUGUAUGAGCAAAGAUAUCUCUUCGAUUCUUAAUACGCCCUUUGGACAGCCAAUGGCUCAGAUUUAUUAUGACGCCCUAGGAAAACCGGGAGCCCUGGCAUUCAUGUCGUUACUGGCGGUGGUCCAGUUUUUCAUGGGGUUGAGUAUCUUGAUCUCGACUUCGAGACAAGUAUGGGCAUUUUCGCGAGAUGGUGCAUUACCCUUUUCCAGCUUUUGGAGAGUGGUCAGCAAACGUAUCAAAUACCAGCCUAUCCGAGCAGUCUGGGGUUGUUCUUUUGCCUCUAUUAUCGUCGGACUGCUAUGUUUGAUAAAUGUUGCCGCCGCCAAUGCUUUAUUUUCUCUUUGUGUCGCAGGAAACGACCUGGCCUGGGCCAUUCCAAUUUUCUGCCGCAUAUUCUGGGGACAAGAGAAAUUUCGUCCCGGAAGCUUUUACACAGGACGAUUCAGCACCCCUAUCGCUAUAACUGCUCUCGCCUACCUGGCGUUUUCAAUUACCUUGAGCAUGUUCCCUACACUGGGACCUAACCCUAACGCUAUGGAUAUGAACUAUACUGUCGUCAUCAAUGUCACGCUCUGGAUCUCUGCACUUGCCUACUAUUUCCUUUUUGCAAGGAAGUGGUUUACAGGACCGAAGGCUACCCUAGAUGAUCCUACAGCAUUUGAAGAAUAA